UAAGCACAGGGUAAGUACACGGCUCUGUACAGGCUGCAGGUGGAGGUAUGUAGUGUAUAUGUGAAGUGUUGUUCAUUUUGUGUCUGUAUCUAUUGCAGGUCUAAACCUUGUGGUAUAUAGAGAUUAGUGUAAGACAGUGUUUUCCAACCAGGGUGCCUCCAGCUGUUGCAAAACUACUACUCUCAGCAUGCCCGGACAGCCUUCGGCUGUCCGGGCAUGCUGGGAGUUGUAGUUUUGCUACAGCUCGGGAUACACUGGUGUAGGGAAAGACAAAAGUAAAUAACCAAGUAGGGGAUUGGCAUCUGCCAUAUAGCGGCGAGUACUAUCUGUAUUUUUUUAAAUAACGUGUGCACACUCUGCCAAUGUGAGCGUGCAUACAAUAGAUAUCAGCAAACAAGUCUAAGAGCCAUGAAAGGGGAACGGCGGUACUGAACUUGUUAUCCCCUAGUCACAGGAUAGGGGAUAAGUGUCUGAUUGCGGGGUGUCUGACGGCUGGGACUCCUCCCACAAUCUCUUGUUUGGCGCUCCCCGCCGUUGUACGAGUACAAUGCUCCUGUAUCUCUGGCGUUUCUUGUGACCGGAGCUGCAGUGAUCGACACCCACCCUCUAUGUAUCUCUAUGGGAGAGCCGUAGAUACACAUAGAGGCAAUUAAAGGGGUUAAUUACCAUAAAGUGAUUUUAGUAAUUAGGUGCCAAACAGUAAUGGACGUACUUGUCUUGUCCACCAUAACGCUGCUACUUCCUUUUUGUGAAAUGGUUAAUUUAGUCCCGUCCUACUACAAGUCCCAUGAUUUCUUGUUUGUAAGUGUGAGGUCACUUCCCUCCACCCCACCCAUUACAGCUUACCUGAGCUCCCUUCAAUGCGGUAGACCAGUGUUUUCUGAGCAGGGUGCCUCCAGCUUUUGCAAAACUACAAUUCCUUGCAAAAUGAUCUUCCUCCCAGCCAGUGGUCGCUCCACCCAUUAGCGCACAGACAGGCUCCCUGUGAUCACCUGACUACUUAUGGUGCGGCCAUUGCCCCUGUGUACACACCGCCCUGUGAUGUGACUGUAUGUCUAUGGGGGGAGGGUAAGAUCUUCAAUAUAAGCUCACCCCCAACUUAAACGUUCCCCUGUCUAUAUACUCACCUUCCACCUAAACCAAAAAUCCCUACUCCACAGCUAAGACCCUUCCCACAAAACACCUUCCUAGGCUGUAUGGAGAUACUGACCAUGUGGUGUCCGCCAUCUUAUCUCUCCUCUGACCUGAGUCCUAAGGUCGUGUUUAUAUGGGAUUUUACACUGGAUCCUCUUCUUCCCUUCAGGUUUCUCCAACCCAGGAUCCUCUGCUGAUAUCUUCUAUAUAAGAGAAGUUUCCUGAUCAACCAUGGAGAGAGACAGGAACAAGAUGGCCGACAGGAUAAUAGACCUCACCCUAGAGAUACUCUUCCGGAUUACUGGAGAGGAUUACACAGUAGUGAAGAAGUCCUCUAGUGGGCGCUGUCGGGCCCCUGUGUGUGAAGGAUGGGGAAGAACCCUGAGCCCAAUCCCGGGGCCCCCACCUCACUCCCUGAUACAUGAGGAAAUGGAUGAACAGAAGAUCCUAGAACUGAUCAACAAGAUGAUGGAGCUGCUGACUGGAGAGGUUCCUAUAAGGUGUCAGGACGUGGCGGUCUAUUUCUCCAUGGAGGAGUGGGAGUAUGUAGAAGAACACAAGGAUCAGUACAAGGAUCAGGUCCUGAUGGAGGAUCAGUGGCCCCUCACAUCACCAGAUGACUGUACCGGGAGAUCAGAGGAGAAUCUUAUAUCUUCAUAUUAUAAAGCAGAUGAUGAUAUCACACAAGAUACAUAUGAAGAACAUUCCAUUAUCCCAGAUACACCCUCAGCCCUUCACAGCCAAGAUCUCUCAUCUCAUCCUGUUAUACCCGUCCUGUCUUCUGAUCCAUCAGAAACUAUUAUACAAAAUAAAAGUUACAUAAGGGAUGUUGCACAAAAAGCUCAUAGAAAAGAAAAACUAUUUUCAUGUUCAGAAUGUGGGAAAUGUUUUACAUUGAAAUCAGAUCUCGUCAGACAUCAGAUAAUUCACACAGGAAAAAAGCCUUUUCCAUGCACAGAAUGUGGGAAAUAUUUCACUUUGAAAUCAACUCUUAUUGAGCAUCAGAGAACUCACACGGGAGAGAAGCCAUUCUCAUGCCUAAAAUGUGGAAAAUGUUUUACUCAGAAUUCAGCCCUUUUUAAACAUCAGAAAACUCACACAGGGGAGAAGCCGUAUUCAUGCCCAGAAUGUGGGAAAUGUUUUACCUGGAAGUCCGAUGUUGUGAGACAUCAGGUAAUCCACACAGGAGAGAAGCCAUUUUUAUGUCCAGAAUGUGGGAAAUCUUUUAUUCAAAAAUCAGAUCUUGUAAACCAUCAGAGAACUCACACAGGGGAGAAGCCAUUUCCAUGUUCAGAGUGUGGGAAAUGUUUUAAUCAAAAAUCAAAGCUUGUGGAACAUCAGAAAAUCCACAAAGGGGAGAAACUUUUUUCAUGCCCAGAAUGUGACAAAUGUUUCACUCUGAGAUCUUACCUCGUUGGGCAUCAAAGAAUUCACACGGGGGAUAAGCCAUUUUCAUGUUCCAUAUGUGGAAAGUCAUUUAACCAAAAGUCAACGCUAACGGCGCAUCAAAGAACUCACACAAGAAAAAUAUGUCCGUAACCAGAACGUGGGAGAAAUUUUACCCACAAAUCACAUCUUAAAAGAGCACGUCCCUCAGAUUGAAAUCACACACACAUAUAUAGUCAUGGCCGUAAAUGUUGGCACCCCUGAAAUGUUUCAAGAAAAUGAAGUAUUUAUCACAGAAAAGGAUUGCAGUAACACAUGUUUAUGCCCUUUGUGUGUAUUGGAACUAAACCAAAAAAGGGAGGAAAUAAAGCAAAUUGAACAGAGAAGAAGAGAACUGUCUGAGGACUCGAGAACCAAAAAUCUCAAGGUUACAAGUCCAUCUCCAGAGAUCUAGAUUUGGCCACAUUACGCAACAUUAUCAAGAAGUUUACAACCCCCCAUGGCACUAUAGCUAGUCUCCCUGGGCGUGGAAAGAAGAGAAGAACUGAUGAAAGGUGUCAACUAGGGGUGUGAAUCGCCAAGAAUUUGGCGAUUCGAUUCGAAUCGCGAUACCAGUGUGGCGAUUCGAUAUAUCCCGAUAUAUCGCGAUACAGUCUAGGUGACAAUACAUCGCGAUAUAUCCGGAUACAUCGCCCACCUGGGAGCAUUCAUAGAUCCCAAUAGACGCUGCUGUCAGCUUUGACAGCGGCGAUCUAGUACUCCGGUGCUCACUUUUCUCAUGUUAUCCCGUCCG